UUUGUUGGUUGAUUGGUUGGCAAUCACAUCAUCCAUAUAAAUUUGGCUGUCUGUCAAUAAAUAUUUUUCAGAAAAAAAAAGUUUUCAUUUUGUCCGGUAUAUCGUUUGUUUCUUUUUUUCCCAAUCAGAUUAUGUUCAAACAGUAAGUGAAAAGAUGCGUGAAUUAAAUUGUAUGGGACGUAAUAAUAAUCGUCGUAAUCGUCGUCGUUAUGGAUCAAUCGAAACAAUCGAUAGUUAUGAAAUUGAUGAUAAUCAACCGCAACAGCAACAAGUUAAAAAACGUAACCGAAUUUUUCAAUCAUUUUCCUUUAAACGAAAACAAAAACAACAACAACAACAACAACAAUCAAAUCUAAAUGAAUCAACAUCGACUGAAUUUAAUAAGAAAACGGAAAAAACACGAUUAAUAUUUGCUGGUAAAACAAAUAAAAAAAAUUAUUCAACAUUAAUCGAAUCAGAUGAUGAUGAUGAUGAUGAUGGAAACGAUGAUACAUUCAAAUCAAUCCGAAAAAAUUCAAAAAAAUCUGUACGUUUUGCCCAAAACAACAACAAUGGUGAUGGCAAUAAUGAUGAUGAUAAUUCAAAUCGUAAAUUAUGGUUGAAAAAAAAUCGUAAAAAAAAUAAGAAAAAGAAAUCAUUGUUAAAACGUACCGGUACAUUUAUUGUAAAAAGUUGUCGUUUAAUGACAUAUGGUGUACCACAUAUGCCAUAUAAUUUACCAUAUAAUGAUUGUAAUGGUCCAUAUCAUUAUGAUUUUUAUCGUAGUAAUGAUUAUCCAUAUAAUUAUAAUGAUUAUGGCAGGUAUGAUAAUAAUCAAUAUAUGCGUUAUGGUGAAUAUGGUCCGGGUGGUCUUUAUUUUUGAUCCAAGAUUUUUUGCUUUUUGACUAUGUAACAAUUUACAAACCUUGCCUGUUUUUUUUCGCUAAUAUGACCAAAUGUUUUUUAAAGUAGCGAAAAUUUUUGUAUCUUUUUGUUUGAUGACAAAUAAUAUUUUUUUAACGUAAAAUUCUUGCUUACUUUUCAUCCGCCUACACCAAAAUACAAGCUACCCACGUAUUUUACCCAAAGGAAUCAUUGGUGGAUGCUUACAAACAAACAGAUUUAAAAAAAAAAUUCCUUUUAAAGUCAAAAUACAUUUGGUCAUCGCAUG